AUGGUCGAGGUGCCGCGAAACUUUCGCCUGCUGGAGGAGCUAGAGACCGGCGAGAAGGGCACGGGAAGCAACCAAAACGUCUCUGUGGGUCUGCGUGACACAGCUGACAUCUUCUUCCACUACUGGAACGGCACCAUUGUAGGUCCCCCUAGCACCACCUUCGAGUACCGCAUUCUCUCGCUUGAGAUUUACUGCGAUGAGAACUACCCGAAAGUGCCCCCGCACAUCCGCUUCCUCAGCAAGGUGAACCUGCCCUGCGUCGACUCCGAUGGCACGGUGAAUCGCGAGAAGUUCCACGUCUUCAAGCACUGGGACCGCCGAACAACGAUGGAGCUGUGUCUGUCGGAGCUGCGGAAGGAGAUGGCCCAACCACAGAACCGGAAGCUGGUGCAGCCACCGGAGGGGUCUACGUACUGA